AGAUCCUUCUUCAACCUUCGAGUGGCCGCUCUCUUCUGGAGAUUCAUUUCCCGGCGAUCUUCUCCCCAAAAAAAUGGUUCUCUCGAACGAUUGCGAUUUGUUGUACCCUUCUCCGGAGGCGGAGAAGAGGAAGCACAAGCUCAAGCGCCUUGUCCAGUCUCCCAACUCUUUCUUCAUGGAUGUCAAGUGUCAAGGCUGCUUCAACAUAACCACUGUUUUUAGCCACUCUCACACAGUGGUGGUGUGUGGGAACUGCCAGAUGGUGUUGUGCCAGCCGACCGGUGGUCGUGCCAGGCUCAGCGAGGGUUGUGCUUUCAGGAGAAAGGGCGAUUGAUUAGUUGAGAGGUUCAAUGGAGUAAUUGUCUCUGUUUUUUUUUGUUUGUAGUUUCAUUGGUACGUUUGAAAUUCGGUUUGUAGUUCGUAUCAAGACCUUUUCCAUGUCUUAAAUUAUUUGCUCAACUCUGUUGGGUCAUGCUUUUUGUUAACUUAUAUGGAGUACAUUUUUAAAUUUGAGUUCCAGUUUAAGUUAACACAUAUUUUGAACCUCUUCAUACUUUGCCAUGAAAUGUUUUUGAAAUCUUCACUCCAGUCCUAGGAGGUCUGAGAUCAUUCUGAGCAUUAU